GCACAUUUAAACAAAGUGGCUGCGAAGGCUGUCGAAAAAUUGAUGCCCUCCGAUGUUAAGGGCAAUUUGGGAAUUUUAUGUCAGUGGGCAGAUAGAAUUAGGAGGCAAUAUCAUAGAGUCAGGAGGCGAUAUCGCUGGGCAUCUGAGCUUCAUUAUAUAAACGUCCAAGAUCAUAAUUGUGCCUACAAAUACACUAGGGAUUGCAUAGGUAGAAAUAGGGUGCAGGACAGGUGCCUUUCAGGUGCAAUCAACAACUAUACUGAUCAGCUUUCGAGUUACAAAAAGGCCGAAUAUAAUCUCACAGAGGCAUUGCUAUUUCUGUCUCAUUUCAUAGCAGACAUUCAUCAGCCGUUGCAUGUUGGUUAUUUAUCAGAUAAAGGAGGCAACACAAUUAACGUGAUUUGGUUCACCAGAAAACAAAAUCUGCACCAUAUUUGGGACACCGAUAUAAUCCGAAAACUGGAAGGUGGAGUAAAUUCUUCAAAUGUAGAAGAUCUCACCAGAAGAAUUCAACAAAAAAUAAUGAGAAAAUGGAGAAGGCAAAUCCGUGGCUGGGAGUUCUGUCCUGGUCGUCUGAAAACUUGCCCUAACGUGUAUGCAGAAGAGAGUAUAAAGAUAGCUUGCCAGUGGGCAUAUAAAGAGGUUCAACCUGGCUCAGUACUAAAAGUUCAUAACUUUUACGUGCGAAUUUUUCAUGCAGAUGAGUAUUACCAGACACGGUUACCUGUUGUCGAAAUGCGAAUAGCACAAGCUGCAAUUCGCUUGGCAGCGACUCUUAAUCGGAUAUUUACCUAA